AUGCAUUGUGGACCCCUGUGGCAAUUGCUGUGGCUCUGGCCCUAUCUGUCCUGCGUUCAAGCCGUGCCCAUCCGCAAAGUCCAGGAUGACACCAAAACCCUCAUCAAGACAAUUGUCACCAGGAUCAAUGAUAUUUCACACACGCAGUCGGUCCCCUCCAAACAGAGGGUCACUGGUUUGGACUUCAUUCCUGGACUACACCCUGUCCUGACUUUGUCUCAGAUGGACCAGACAUUGGCCAUCUACCAGCAGAUUCUCACCAGUCUGUCGUCCAGAAAUGUGAUCCAAAUAUCCAACGACCUGGAAAACCUCCGGGACCUUCUCCACCUGCUGGCCUCGUCCAAGAGCUGCCCCUUUCCCUGGGCCAAUGGCCUGGAGACCUUGGAGAAGCUGGGUGGUGUCCUGGAAGCCUCGCUCUACUCCACAGAGGUGGUGGCCCUGAGCCGGCUGCAGGGGUCGCUGCAGGACAUGCUGGGGCAGCUGGACCUCCGUCCUGGGUGCUGA